CACGUAGCUACCAUGGGAGACGCUCGGGGAGCUCUAAAGCACGGCCACAGCAAUAGCUGCAUCGACCACGAUCCGAAUUCGCUCCAGCAUUUGUUCGAGAACAACCGAAAGUGGCGCGACCGGGUGCUUCAGAAAGAUCCCGAGUUCUUCGAGCGCACUGCGAAGGCACAAACCCCUCGGUACUUGUGGAUCGGAUGUUCAGACUCGCGUGUGCCUGCCGAGGAGAUCACGGGUCUCAACCCCGGUGAGAUGUUCGUGCACCGUAACGUCGCUAACCUUGUCGUAAGCAACGACAUCAACUCGCUGUCCGUCGUGCAGUUCUCCGUCGAGAAACUAAAGGUUAAAGACAUCAUCGUGUGCGGACAUUAUGGGUGCGGUGGAGUGACGGCGGCCUUGAAAAACGCGCAGAUCGGACUACUGGACAACUGGCUGCGUAACAUUCGAGACGUGUGUCGUACGCACAAGGACGAACUGAGUCAGUACAAAACGGACGAGGAGCGUGAGCGUCGCUUGGUCGAGCUGAACAUCCAAGAGCAAUGCCUCAACAUCUUCAAGAUCAACAUGGUCCAGCGUCGCAUGGGUCUUUAUGGAGCUCCGCGUAUUCACGGCAUGGUGUACGACAUCCGUUCGGGUGUCUUGAAAGAGCUGGAGGUGGACUACCAUGGCUUCAUUGCCAAGCACAUGGGCGUCUUCAAUCUGCACACCUUCCGAGAUGGAAAGAUCCCAUCCACCAAGCCAGAAUUCCAGCGCAACAUGAUCCUGAACCUGGUGGAAGAUCACGAAGAAGAGUCGGGAACGGUUAGUAUUCGCUAUAUUUCUCGCAUGCUAAAGCGAGAGACCGAGCUCUUCACAGAGGAAGAAGUGGACUCGGCUAUCAAGGCGAUCCAAGGAAAGUCCAAGAACCCCAAAAAUCCCUUCGUGCAAGUCAGCUCGCUGGUCUCUUAUUUUGCCGGCAAAUGAGAUUAGGACGUAGCUGUCUUUCUACAGUACAAAACAACAGCCUUAUUGGCUUAACGAGCCCCGGUUUUUUAAAGUGAAUGAAUCAACCCUU